AUGGUUGCUUGCAGCGGUUCGUUGUGCGACACCGUUGUGACUACGGUGGACGGUCAGAAAUUCGAUAUAAAAGACCUCGACAACGACCAGUGGUUGGCGAUGGUGUCCGAAUGGUCGCUUCCCAUUUUCGAAAUCGCCGAGAAGCACGAGGAUACACUUCUUAGCCGUAUCACUUAUACGGUCUUCAAGCAAGCGGAUUUAUUUCGAAUAUUCAAGUUGUCGCCGAUCAAAUUCUUCAACUUCUUUCACGCUCUCGAGCGCGGAUAUUGGGACAUACCUUAUCACAAUCGAGUUCAUGCGGCAGACGUGCUGCAUGGCUGCUACUACCUCACAUGCCAUCCGGUUCGUCCACUAAUCGGACCUUCCGCAUCACCGGAUUCUCUGCUUCCACCGUCACUAGCCCAAGCCACUCCAAUCUCAUGCAGCAUGAGCACAUUGGAGCUUAUGGCUUUGUACACUGCGGCCGCUAUGCAUGACUAUGAUCAUCCCGGUAGGACAAACGCAUUUCUUGUUGCAGCGGAAGAUAAGAAGGCGAUUCUCUACAAUGAUCGAUCAGUGCUCGAGAACCAUCAUGCGGCUGAAAGUUGGCGACUAUUGCAACAAACGGAGAACAACUUCAUUGAGACGCUUGACUCGGCCGAAACUAAACGAUUCCGGUACCUUGUUCUGGAGUACAUUCUUGCCACUGAUCUCAAGCAACAUUUUGAGAUUAUUAUGACGUUCAAUGAGAAGUGCAAUGAAAUGGAGCUGAUGAACGAGUCUGAUCGAGUUCUAAUGGCGAAAAUGGUGAUCAAAAUGGCCGAUAUUAACAGCCCAACAAAACCGUUUGCUCUGCAUCGGCAAUGGACAGACCGUAUCUGUGAAGAAUUCUAUGAACAGGGUGACGAAGAACGAAGGAGAGGUAUGCCUAUUACUCCGUACAUGGAUCGAACUGAUGCACAAGUCGCGAAACUGCAAGACUCGUUUAUUGCACACGUCGUCAGUCCCUUAGCGGUGGCAAUGAAUGAGGCGGGUCUGCUUCCAGUUCUACCGGGUCUUGUCGAACCUGAAAUGAUGAUCAAUCUAAAGCACAAUCACCAGAAAUGGUUGCAAGAAAUCGACAAGAAUACAGUUGAAGAAGCUCCGGUAUUGGGAAACGGUGUAAUAGAAGAAGAAAGUUCUACCAGCGAGAGUCCCGAUAAUCGCAAAUGUAGUCCGUUACUGGACUCGGAACUCGAGGUAUGUUCCGCCGAAAGUACCGUCGUGAUCAAUUUCUGUUUUACUUUUCUGAGACUAUAG